AAGGCUGCAUCAGACUGUCCUUUAGACCUUACCAAUAUUGACCCGGCCAUUGGGGCUCCAUCCUCAAAAUCCACUGGCCCAUCAUCCCCCAAUGCUCUCGCCCAAUUCGUCAUACCUUCUCAUAAGGAUGGUUUCGAACUCUGUCCACCUCUCAUGACGUCACUCCCAUCUGAGUGACACACGCAAGUUCGCUCAUUCUCGUCAUACCAUUGUUACAUAGUACUCUGCUGGUAUUGUACUGGUAGUAGUCCUGCUUGGAUUAUCCAACCAUCCUCAACCACCACAACCACCAUCAUCAGAAAAAAGCAGCUGGAAGUCCCAUCUGUCUGUUCACAGCGAUGAAGAAAACAUAGAAGUGAAGUCUGCCACAAUGUACAUCUCUCAUGUAGGACUACUUUUUUGAGUUGACCAUCCAUUCAUCCAUCGAUUUGGUGGCCACGCCCACGAUGUCGGCCUCACCGCCUCCUAUGAUGGAGGAUGACGACCUGGACGAAGACUUGAGCUAUGAGGACGACUUGGACCUGAGUGAUGUUCCGGAUUUCGUCCCGGGAGACAUUGACCAGGAUGAUGAUGAUGAUGGUGAUGAUGGCGAAGAGGAAGAGGAGGAUGUCAACGGAGAUUUCGAUGUCACAGGCAUGUCGAGCAAACUUCAUACCAUUCCCAAAGCAGCCAUUCAUUUGGCACCCAAAGAUGUUCGCAUUCCACCCACUGAGCCAAAAGUUAGGCCAGAUGUUGAUGAAGUGGAAAUGACGAAUGGCGAUGAUCCCAGUGAACUACCAGACUCCUUGAACCCGAAGACUGUCGAACGUCCAGAAUUCAGUGAUUCGGCUCCAAACUCGGAAUUUGGAACCAAGUCUGAGAGUCCUUCGUUACCAGAGAAUGCAGCUAGUUUAAACCUUUCCGACCAGGAUGAUCUUAACAGUAGAGAUGAGGCGGGACUCACUCUCAAUAGCAUUGAGAGUGAGUCCAAACCCGUGACGGAUUCGGUGGACGACGGUUUUGCCAGUUUUGGCGAUUUUGCAUCGGCAUUUCCGACAGAAAGUUCCGUUGGUGGGUCUCAACCAAUUGAGAACCCUCCAGCCGAUAGCCAGGCUGAGCCUCCGGUGGAUGAAGUCCCUGAUGACCCAAGUUUUGAGGCUGAUGACGACGACGACGACGAGUUUGGAGAGUUUACCGAUUUCUCUGAACCCCCAACCAUUCCAAAUGAAUCCUGUUUGUCAGAGGAACCCUCGUUAGAUUCCAUGCAGUGCAUUUUGAGUUCGCUUCAACCCAUGAUAAGUCAAGUGAUUUCGCGGCUCUUCGAGUCCAGCGAUGAGGACGAAUCUGUGAUUGAGGCCGUUGAACCCUUAAACUUUUCCAAAGACCACGUGGACGACGAGAUCUGGGAGCAAAUCUGUGAUAUACAAUCCACGCCAGCCCUCACGUUAUCCUGGACCAAGUCCAAGUCUCACUCGGGCUGGCUCCAAUCUGUUCGAAUUGAUCCCAACAACAUGGUUUUUGAGACUCGACAUCGUCUGCGAGGAUCGUCCCCGUCGGUUCCGGCUUUUGCCACGGGUAUGGGUCUUUUGGAACCGAUCCGAGUGAGCAAUCCGGAUAAUCAGACUCUCAAAGCAGUCACAACCCCGGAUUCAUUAGAGCCCUCGAACUCUGAGCAUCAAACUAGAGCGACGGAGAUUCCUCCGGUUCAAUUCGAUUGGCAGACCAGUGGCCUCACCAACCCCCUCGAAUCUGGAGGUAAGUCUGUCUCCUUUAUUGAGUCUUUAUAUGAUCCACCACUUGUUCCAACUCGUCAAUUAGUGUCUGUAAAUUGUCCGGAUGCCGAGUCUCCGCCAACGAUGCUAACUUUUCCCAAUUAAUGGCACAGUCUUCAGCAAUGUGGGUCUUUGAAGACCCUCUCCAAAAGAAAGACACGUGCUCCAGAAAGGCCAUUAUAAUUGCGAAGCAGAAUGCUGCAAUGAGAAGGACGAACAAGGGUCCUAACUUUUCCUCGCCCAAUUGUUCCAACCGAUCUUGUCGGCAAGAUGAUUGUCGAGCCUUAUCAGAUUGGAUGCAGUCUUGGAUGAUCAAGUCCAAGACGCCAGAUUCCCGAAUCUUUAGCAAAGACCGCUUCAUGAAAGGCCGAUACUGGGAGGUCUGCCGAAAGGCCAUGGAAUUAAAGACCGGGGUCGAACUCUGCCAGGCAGUGAUAAUCUCACAUCGAAACUCUUGAUAGUUGUACACUGUUGUGGUCUGAUAGAAAAGAGCCUUGGGAACAUUGGUCUUGGCUGUCAAGGCCGUCAAGGCCUCACGAGUUGAUCCGAAUAUGGCAGUCGUUGGAUUCGGUCCGAUGUAGGUGCGGAAUAGCUUGGCAUAAGUAGAAUCUGAUCUGGCCGUGGCAAGCUUGUCCUCGGUUGCCCCUCCA